CUUUUAGACUCGUUUGUUAUCGGCUUGAUUCCAGGUGAACAUUAUCUUCGAAACAUUAUUACGCCUUUUCUUCUCUUGUAUCAACUUGUAGCUCACGGAAACAUUUCUGCUUCACGACAAUCGCCGGUCGAUCCCUUGACGAUAGUCUACUUUCGCUUUCUCUUUGACCGAUUAUCCGGACUCUUAAUGGCUUCCAACACCAGCCUCACUCAGGCCAUCAACUUCCUGACACGACCCCUAAUUCCUAUUUACGCCCCAGCGAUGAUCAAUAACCUCCAACACAUUUUACGCUCCACCCUCAACGCCGCAUAUCCCCCUUCUCGCACUAAGCACUUUACACUGUCGUUCUCAGCUGCCAAUCACCCUCCACGACCCAUCUACGCCACCUGCAUCGCCACUGGUAUCCUGUGGUCCGAUUGGAUCCGCCUCCUCAGUCAAAGUCGCGCUUUUGACCUCCUUGUGGAGCCCAACUCCGUCAUCGUCCGCUUUGUGGGACAAACUAUCACCAUCUGGACCCAGGCACCCCUCACCGAAGUAAAACGAUCCCCCCUUUCCCAACAGAACUAUGAAGACCGCCAAAUUCCCAUCAGCAAAUUCGCACAGCACCACCACACUCGAACACUAGCUCAGCAAAUCCUAGACUCCAAUCACGAAGAAGAGGAAGCCGACGAGCUGUUCGCCCUGAUCUCGGACAAAACUCGUGGAUGGAUCGUCUCACCCACACCGACGCGCGAGAAAUUCGUUAUCCCCUCUCUCGUCAUGCCGGUCGUGUCCCCGCUUUCUUCCCCGGAACCAAGCUCGCGUUCCAGUUCACGCUCUUCGUCUACUGUGUCCGACUCGGAGAACGAGCUCGAGGAGCGCGUGUUUGUGGAUAGCACGAAGAAGGAGGUGACAAAGUACUUAUAUCAAGGCGGCGUUAGCUCUGUGUUGACUGGAGGCGUGAUGCUUGGGAAGGCUAAACCUACUCACGGUGCCCCUUCUUGGAGACGCCGCGUUUGAAUGCUUUGAAUGGACAUCUCUGUAUUGUUACUUAUUGUGUAUCUGUAUCCUAAAUUGUAGCCCCUACAGUUCCCUUUCGCUCCUCAUCCACGUGUUUGACGCCUUGCAAUUGCUUAUUUCAAUGAUAUUUGAUUUCCGCACC